AUGGCCGCGAAAUCUGAUGGUGCACCCGUCUCCCUACGAAACGAAAUCCCACCCGAGUGUCCUGCCAGGUCGGACCCGGGCCCUCCCCAGCGCCGUCCCGCCGAGCAGCGCUACUCCCUCCCGGACUGCUGCUGGACACUCUGCGCCCUUUUGGUCUUCUUCUCGGACGGGGCCUCAGACCUGUGGCUGGCCGCGGACUACUACCUAAGGAGCCAAUACUGGUGCUUUGCGCUGACUCUGGUCUUUGUGAUAGUCCCGUCCGUGGUGGUUCAGGUGCUCAGCUUCCGAUGGUUCGCCUACGAUUUCUCGGACGCGGCCGAGAGCGGCACAGCUGCUGCAGCCGCCGUGGUUGCAGCGUCGGGACCGGAGGAGACAGACUUCAGCACCAAGGACAGCGACGAGCGGGGCGCUGGCCGUGCUGCCGGGGCCGGGGUGCUGCCCAGGCCGGGCACCGGGGGAGGAGCCCGGGGCUGCUGCAGAGUGUUCAUGUGGCUCUUCCAGAGCAUCAUUCACAUAUUUCAACUGGCACAGGUCUGGAGGUAUGUCCACGCCCUGUACUUGGGUGUGCAGAGUCGCUGGCAUGGAGAUCCCGAGCGGCGCCACUACUACUGGCGCAUGAUGUUCGAGACUGCUGAUAUCAGCAUGCUGCGUCUGCUUGAGUCUUUCCUGAAGAGCGCCCCUCAGCUGGUUCUGCAGCUCUCCAUCAUGAUCCAGGCCAGUCAGGUGCUACCCCUUCAGGGGCUUUCAGCCUCGGCCUCCCUCAUAUCACUCGCCUGGAUGAUCUCCUCCUAUCAGAAAGUGCUGAGGGACUCUCGAGACGAUAAGCUGCCCAUGACCUACAAAGCCGUCAUAGUUCAGAUUCUGUGGCACCUGUUCACCAUCGGGGCCCGCACACUGGCCUUCGCCCUGUUCGCCUCAGUGUUCCAGCUUUACUUCGGCAUCUUCAUCGUGGCGCACUGGUGCAUCAUGACAUUUUGGAUAAUUCAAGGCGAAACAGACUUCUGUAUGUCCAAGUGGGAGGAGAUCAUCUAUAACAUGAUGGUGGGCAUCGUGUAUGUUUUCUGCUGGUUCAGUGUGAGAGAGGGGCGCACUCGUUGCAGGAUGCUCAUCUACAGCCUGACUGUGUUUGUUGAGAAUGUGGCGCUCACCACUGCCUGGUACCUGUACCGCGGCUCCCGUACCUCAGACUUCUACGCCGUCAUCAUGGUGUGCGUGGUGGCCAGCAGCUACGCUCUGGGCACCUUCUUCAUGUUUGUGUAUUACUGUCUGCUGCACCCUGAUGGCCCGGUCUCAGGAUGGGGCUAUAUGGUGGAGAAGGAGGUGGCUGUGGAGUCGCUGGCCUCUCCAGCUUCUAGCCUCCCCCCUGACCUGGUGAGCAGCCCCCCCAGGACCCUCCAGAGAACUAAAGGGUCAGACAGAGAGCAGGGUCCUGGGGUAGAUGGAGAUGUGUUUCAGGUGCGGCCGCCUCGGGGAGCUCAAGCCCCAGUGCGACCCCUCACACCCAGGACAGAGGGGCCCGUCAUCCGAAUAGACCUGCCCAGGAAGAAGUACCCGGCCUGGGACGCUCACUUCAUCGACCGCCGGCUGCGUAAAACCAUCCUGGUGCUCGAAAGUGCUGCUCCGGUCACGCCAAGGAUACAGUACCGCUGUCUGGGCACACCCAAAGAAGUGAUGGAGUACGAGACCACUGUGUGA